AUGUCUCGAUCAUUUUUGGUGGAUUCUCUUAUCAGUGAUAAACCGACACCGGUGAAAAAUAAUGUGUACAAUUACAGUCAGUUCACUCAGUUACCAGUGACUCCACCGGCUACAUUACCGUAUUCGGCUUGCUAUGUCGGGAGUUAUUUGUUCUCACUUGGAAUACAACAACAACAACAGCAACAGCAGCAACAACAACUGCAAUCUCAUCAGCUGCAUCUUCCUCUGUACCACCAACCACCGCCAGUGCCAGGACUUACUUUGGAUCUCUCACCUAAACUGUACCAACCUACGGAUGUACCUCCGCUGAAACUUUCGCCCAAAGAGGACUACUACCGCAAACUAUACCGCUGUGAGAAAACCCCGGAACGUUUCAUGCCUUACGCAUCACCACCCAGCAGUAAACGUUUGCCCACUGCUCCGGUAAGCAAAUCUUCAACACCAUCGCCAACCCCACUGGAUGCGGCCGCUUACGCUAUCGAUGACGAACUGUCCAGCAAACGCAUUCGUACCGCGUUCACCAGCACCCAACUGCUGGAACUGGAGCGGGAGUUCGCUUCGAAUAUGUACCUCACGAGGCUUCGUCGUAUCGAGAUUGCCACCCGUUUGCGUCUGUCCGAGAAACAGGUGAAAAUUUGGUUCCAAAACCGUCGCGUCAAGCGCAAGAAGGGAGAUGCUCCGAUCUGUACCGACAGUCCCGGUUCUUCUCCGUGCCGUGCACAAAGUCAAAAUCAAAAGUGCUGCUGCAAAGCUGCCGGUUGUGGAGCCAGUUCUGAUGGUGAGGAAAGCUCCGGCCAGGAUACGGAACAGAAACCAAAAUUGGAAGGCGGCCAAUUACUGCAGCAGCAUCCCUGGGAUUUCAGCAAAGGUUUCCAUUGA